AUGUUUUCCACCAGAUUUACCAUGAAUAUGAAAUCUCUAAACCAAACAGUUGUGUCAGACUUCAUUCUCCUGGGAUUCACAGAUGAUACCAAACUGCAACUUAUCAUCUUCAGUUUAUUUCUUUCCAUGUACCUUGUAACAAUCCUAGGAAACCUGCUGAUAAUUCUGGCCACCAGCUCUGACUCCCAUCUCCACACCCCCAUGUACUUCUUUCUUUCUGGUCUUUCUUUUAAUGAUAUCUUUUUAGUCACAUGCACAAUUCCAAAGAUGCUUGUGAAUAUACAAACAGAAAACCAGACCAUCACUUAUGGAGGAUGUCUGACUCAGGUCUGCUUUGUCUUGAUGUCAGUGAGCAUGGAAAAUUGUCUUCUUGCAGCAAUGGCCUAUGACCGCUAUGUUGCUAUUUGCCAUCCACUUAGGUAUAGGAUCAUAAUGAACCCCUGUUUUUGUAUUCUAAUGGUAGCAUUUUCUAUAAUGGGGAGCAUGGCAAAUGCCCUAGUGAACGGUCUAAUGGUAUUACAUCUCUCCUUCUGCACUGAGCUCAUAAUUCCGCAUUUCUUCUGUGAACUUACACAGAUUACUAAACUUGCCUGUUCCAACACUCUUAUCGACAACAUACUCAUAUAUAUUUCCUCUUGCAUAUUUGGUGGUGUUCCUCUCUCUGGCAUCAUUUUGUCUUAUAGUCAAAUUGCAACCACUGUCUUGAGAAUGUCAUCAUCAGAAGGAAGAUAUAAAGCAUUUUCCACCUGUGGGUCUCACCUGUCAGUUGUUUUUUUAUUUUAUGGAACUGGUUUUGGGGUCUACAUUAGCUCAACAAUUACAGAAUCAUCCAGGAAGAAUGCUGUGACUUCCGUGCUGUACUCAGUAGUUCCUCAAAUGCUAAAUCCCUUUAUCUAUAGUCUGAGGAACAGAGACAUGAAAGAAGGCUUGAGAAAACUCUUCAGUAGGAUAUUAUUUCCUCUAUGA